AUGUCGACAAAGUCCUCGCUGCGCAGUUCCCGCUCGCACGCCUCGUCGGUGGGUGAAAACUACACGUCGACGCAGAGCUGCGUGUCCAGUCGACACCGCCGUCAGCAGCAAAAAGGGGAUCCUCCGCUGCCACCGGCAAUGAUGACAUCAUUGGAACGCCUUCAGCUCAUCCGUAAUGCCUUGACACGCUUGCAAUAUGUCGGGGAGCGGCAGUUGCACAGCGCUAUGCUUGACAACGCCGCUGGUGAGGAGGUACUCGGUUUUUUUGACAAGCUACGUGAGCGACUGCCGAAGCUUGAGUAUAACCCGCGGAAGCUUGGGACUCCAGACGGAGGUGGUCCCAAGCAGCUCCACUACAUGCGAGAGCAGGUGCUCCGUCUGAAGGACGCAGCCACGGCUGUGAUUAGCACCUGCGAGGCUCAAAGGGGAAAAUGUGAUGCCGUGUAUGAGGGAUUGUCGUAUAACCACCUACGGGAGGUCUUGCGGGAGCUGGAGGAGGUUCAGCACCUCCUGAGCCACGCGCCGUCUGAGCUGCCAAGUCGCGUCAACACGGACCUGUUGGCGGACCUGGUGUCAUUUCACAUCACAGAUUUUGAUGCCUUUGCGGAGCAGCGGGUGGAGGCCUUUGUCUGCGAGGCAAAAAAUGAGGGGGCCCUUUUCACUGCUGUCGUGAAUGAAGUGGCGCAGCGUGCGCCUUCACCCAUGGGGCUUGUUUCCGUCUUUAUUUUGGACGUAGCCAUCGGUGUAAGACCUGGCCGCUGUGCCCGCAUUGUCAUUGACCAUGCACAACAUAAUCUUACGAAGCUCGACAAUCGCCUGCACACCGCUGACGCGGUCCUCGCUGUAAUGACUCCAGAGGAAGACGUGCCGGUGGAGGUGCAGCGCAGAGAACUGUCUAUUUUGAAGGAUCGUGUGAAGGGGGCUUUGGCGGAGUUGCUUCGCUUAAAGAAAAAGUGGGAAGAGGAGGAACUGAGCACGCUGGACCGGGCUGCCUCGGGACAGCACUUGCUUUCAUCCCUGGUGGAGAUGAAGCGACUGAAGGAGGCGGAAAUCAUCGAGGAGGCGCAACAAGUUCAUGAUCGGGCGGUGCAUGCGUGUCUUGCCUGCGCCACACCGCAGUACUAUCGUUGCCACAGCGAGACCUACGCCCAGCCGUGCCACGUGCGGCUUGGUUUUAAGUUUUUGCAGGGCGGCCAAGCAGGGUCGCAAGCAAAGUCUGUGACACUUUACACGUUGAUGCCGGAAUUUCUCUUGUUGAUGCGGCAGCACAACAUUCCUAUGUCGGAGCACGAGCGUUACGCGGCGUUGGUGCCGAGUAAGGAUCACGUGUGGAUAUCCUUCUCUGAAUUUCCGGAGAUGGUGCGAGGUGCCCGCUGCAGCCUGCGUGGAGUUGACACUCGACAUGAUCACUUUCGUGCACUUGAGGAACAAAAAGAGGUGGGAGGAUAUUUUAUAAUGCGCGGUGGGGAGCGCAUUUUGCGUGCUCUGUUGAUGCAGAGGUGCAAUGUCCCCCUCAACAUCUACCGCGAAAGGUUUUCGUCGCAAGGCCCAUUUUUUUCUCCAAAGGCAGUGGUUAUUCGCUGCAAACGGCCCAGUGGUUUGACAAUUCAGAACUAUUUUUACUACAUUACAACCGGUGAGGUCGUUUUCAGUUUUGCGCGUAAAGUGGUUUGGCAUAUUCCUGUCCCGCUAUUGCUAUUUGCGUUGAACACCCGACACUGUUCCUCACUGGAGAUAUACAAGCUACUCACGAUUGGCUUUACCAACAGCAGCGGUGCCCACAUGGCUCGCGUUGAGGCACUUCUGCAGCAUCACCACCAAAAGCCAUACGGAUCUCUGGUACAUUUUUUGGACUACAUUGCAGUACUGGGAAGAAUGUACCGGAGUUACCACGAAACCUCCAACACCUUUCAUUUCCUGCCACAGUUUCAUGCGACGUACCAGGGCCAGCAUGACGCUUGGUAUGGUCUGUUUAUGCUUCGCCGUCAUGUCUUACCUCACCUGAACUUCGAUGAACCAACACCUGAUUUGCCGCCCACCGCCACUCUGGAGGAUUGCGCAAGCUGGCUUUCCCCUAAACUCCUUCAAGAGUUAGAUGCCAAACUGGAUACCAUGAUUGCCAUUCUGCGACAGCUGUACGACUUUUUUGAUGGCAACACAGAACAUCAGGGCAAUGACGUACCCUCCUACCAGGAGAUAUUUACUGUCUCGCAGGUUCUCAUGGGCGGGUUCGAGGUUUGCCUCAACAAGUACAUGAAAAGUUUUGUGUAUCGUAUGGGGAGCCACAUCCCCUCCACUCUCUUUCAAUCUAUUAUGCAAUUGGGCGAGUUGUCGGGAAAGGAGUUGGGUGGGGUUAUUAAUCAGCUGCGGCAGUACACAGAGUACAGUGAGCGACGCAACAUAAGUGAACCGCUGGAUGCGUUGCACCGUCUACUAAUUACCGGGAACCUGACACUGGAUCGUGAGGAGGAUUUUUAUUGUCCUCAAACCUCUGGGUGGGUUGUGAUGGCAGAACAUCUAAACUUCUACCGUUUUUUUGAGCAGCUGCGGUGUUUACAUCGAGGUAAGACCAUUGCCGAGAUGCGUUCCAGUGAGGUGCGUAAAUACCCCUGCGAGGCAUUUGGGUUUAUCUGCAUGGUACAUAGCCCUGAUGGGGCGGAUUGUGGUGUCUUGAAUCAUAUGAGCAUUAGCACAAUUGUUUCCAACACUCUUCCUGUGGGUUCUCGACAGGAGGGAGAGUUGUUGGCGUGCAUCAGAGAAGAAAUUUCCGGCCUUCGCAACAGUAGUUCGUUGGAUUCUCUUGUAGAUCGUCUAGUGGGCACAGUUCCUGUCUGGUUGGAGGGGAGAAUUUUGGGGUACCUGACGCAGGAGGAGGCACAGCGGGUGAGGAAGGCGCUGCUUCGAAAGAAGGCUUUGAGAAAUUGUGGUAGCAUGGAACUAAGUGGUAUGGUGCGCCGCCGAAACGUGAAUGCCCUUAACGCAAUCGAGGUUGUGUUUGUCCCACCAGGCAAUAAGGAUCCCCAGGGGUUGUACAUAUUUUAUGACAAUGGCCGAAUGAUGCGUCCUGUGCAGCAGCUCGAGUCCACUUCCAGCGGCAACGAUUUACCCUUUCCCCUGGUGUACGUUGGAACCUGGGAGCAGACGUGGCUUGACAUCGCCAGCGUCCCCUCCGACCUCGUGGACGGUGUCACGCAGUUGAACAGCAAAUAUGAAUUUAUGGAACAGAAUGGGAGUAACAUUCUCAGCUUAACCGCGACGACGAUUCCAUUUUUUGAACAUAAUUGCUCGCCGCGAAACCUUUUUCAGUGUGGUUUGUCUAAGCAGUCCGCCGGAACUCAACUGCAGGCAUUAGCAUGGCGUAAGGAGGCAAAGCUCUUUCGUAUGUACUCUCCACAACGCUACAUUAGCCGAACCCUACCGAUGGAUUAUUACAGCCUAGACGAUGUGAAUUUAGGCGUGAAUGCCGUGAUUGCUAUUUUGGCCUAUACCGGCUAUGACUUGGAUGACGCUGUCAUUGUAAACAGCACUGCCUCCCAGUUUGGUAUGCUUAACGCCGGCAUUACGGUGGCUAAAGUGAUCACAGCCACCGGAAAGGGGGAUAAGGAGGAUGUCUUUGUCUUUCAGAACCUUUUGUCAAAUGGGCAGCCCUUCACCCCAGAGCUAGACGCUCAUGGAUUGCCAAAAAAGCGUGCGAUACCUGGUACAACGGAGUGGCUCUCCUUUGACUCGGAUCACAAGUACCCCAGCCUGCGAGACAACAGUGCGGUGUAUUGCUGCGCCAAACGCUAUGAACGCGUGGAUCCUCUCAUGAAUAAGAAGGUGUACGAGUACACCCGUCACCACGUUACAAAGUGGCGGCAGUUUGAUAAAGGGGAAAAUGGCUGGGUUCACAGUGUUAUUCCUCUCACCUAUGACGGGCCCGACCCUACCAGCGCGCUUGUUGUGUUUCGUAUUCCUCGUCCACCCGCCAUUGGUGACAAAUUCUCCUCUCGCCACGGGCAGAAGGGGACGCUUCCACUGCACAUUCGAGCUCAUGAUUUGCCGUUCAGUACACGCGGCGGUAUUACGCCAGAUAUCAUUAUUAAUCCACAUGCUUUUCCAUCGCGUAUGACGGUGGGAAUGGUGCUGGAAAUGAUGGGUGCGAAGCUAGGCGCCAUCCAGGGCCGCUUUUGCGACCACAGCGCAUGGAGCGUCGUGGACGAGCGACCACGCUUUGCGGAGGUUAUUGGGGAUUCCUUGCAAAAGGCUGGCUACAACCGUUACGGGCGUGAAAGACUCAUUGAUGGCAUUAGUGGAGAGGAGAUGGAGGCGGAUGUGUUUAUGGGCAUCUCCGGGUAUCAGAGACUUCGACACAUGGUGAACGACAAAUGGCAGGCGCGCGCUCGCACAGACGCCCACACGCACCGCGCCGUCACAAAGACGGGUCAGCCGGUCAAGGGCCGCAAACGGCACGGUGGCGUACGUGUGGGCGAGAUGGAGCGUGAUGGGUUGCUCUCGCACGGCAGUGCUGAGGUGGUCGUGGACCGUCUCUUGCACGUUUCCGACAAGACAAAGGCCUUUAUAUGUGUGGAGUGCGGUUCCCUCCUCUCUAUAUACGAGCGACACGCGACGGAGUAUUCAACGUGGAAGACGUGCAAUUUUUGUGGUGCCGGGUCGCAAGAGACGACCGACACGAUUGCGUUUGUGGAGAUUCCGCAGGUGCUGCGCCUGUGGGCUGCCGAGCUUACGAGCAUCGGCAUACGCAUCGUGCUGAAGACGAGCGACGGGGCUGCGUGA